GAGAAUUGUGAGGCCAGGUGAUGCGAGGAUACAGCGGCCCCAAGCGACAGACCGGCACCAGCUGCACGGCAACACGCGGCCGCCAGCACAGCACAUGCGCGGCCUCAUGGAGCCGGAGUGACGCGGUGCUGGUGCUGCUGCGGGUUCGGGUGCGUGUGUUCGGAGCGACGGGCGGUGCUGGGCCGGGCUGGGUUACCGGGAGGCGUUGCCGUAGGGAGAUGGCCGAAGCAGCUUUCCAUCCACCGAGGAGGAAAAGAAGGGUGUUUGAGUGCUACCAGGCGCCCUUCCCUGUGGGUGCCGACGGGGGGGAUUUCAGGAUGUGCCGGGCUGACUUGGUUAAUAACAACGUCGUGGUGAGGAGCCCCGAGGACAUGGAUCAGCUGUACAAUAAGGGCUAUUUUGGAAAAGGCAUUCUUUCAAGAAGUCGGCCAGUGUACAGCAUUUCCGAUCCUUCGCUGGUUUCCAAGUGGCAAGGUGCCAACCUAAAAAUGCCUAUAAUCACAUCAAAAAAGUACCAGCAGCGUGUUCAGUGGGCCAAAAGCGCUUUGCAAGAGCAAGGAUUUGACAGCAGCUCCGUGACCAAAAUUCUUGAUAACUACACUAGGCCUCUUGAGCUUCCGUUAUUGGAAAAGGGUGGAGCUGAGCAAACUGGUGAUAGCUGUGACACAAUGGGCCCAAACACAGAAAAUACAGAACUUUCCAGGCAGUCUUCUACAGAUACUGGAAACAUCGUGACUUCAAGUUCUGAGCAUCAGAAGGAAUUCUGCCAGAAACCCUAUGCAGAAGGAGAUCCAGCUUCUGAUGCUGUGCUUGCUCUUGGCUCUAAAGAACAGGAGCCUGCUGACAUGGAAGAGACAGCCCAAGUGUCCUGCCAGAAGCAUGGUUCUCAUGUGCAUUGUGGCUGCAAGGAUAAGGGGGGCACUGAGCAAGAAUCAUGCAACAUGGCCAAGUUAAGGGAACGUGCCCCAGAGUAUGUGCUUGUGCAAGAGGAAGAAGAAAGUAGCUUAUGCCCUGAAGAGGGCUCUGCUGAUGAAGAGGGCUCUGCUCAUGAGCAAGAAAAUUUUGUCAAGAAGGAAAAACUGGUCUGCAGAAAAAAUCCAUUUAGGAUUUUUGAAUAUUUACAACUCAGCUUGGAAGAGGCUUUUUUCUUGGUGUACGCUUUGGGAUGUUUAACUGUUUAUUAUGGUGAGGAGCCCUUGACUAUUUUGAAGCUAUGGUAAAUUUUCAGCAAAAUUUAGCCUAGUUUUAAAACUACUUACAUGGCAUAUCAUUACUUCCGCAGCAAGGGCUGGGUCCCCAAGGUUGGACUGAAGUAUGGAACUGAUCUCUUGCUGUAUCGAAAGGGCCCUCCCUUCUAUCACGCAAGUUACUCUGUCAUUGCUGAAUUAGUUGAUGACAAUUUUGAAGGUUCUCUUCGCAGACCACUGAGCUGGAUGUCCUUGUCUGGUUUGAACAGAACAACUGUUAAUGCUUCUAAGGAGCUUAUGUUAUGCUAUUUGAUUAAACCAUCUGAUAUGACUGAAGAAGAGAUGGCCACACCAGAAUGUUUGAAAAGAAUUAAGGUUCAGGAACUGAUUGUAACUCGUUGGGUGUCUUCCCGUGAGCGCAGUGAGCAAGAUGAUCUUUAGCUGAAUGUACAGGAAGAAUCUAAUUCUUUUUAUAAACAUUUUGUUGUUUUUUCACCUGAUCCCUGAGACAAUGGCUCAUCAUCAGUUUCUCUCAGCAUUUUCAGUUGGUAUGUAUAAAUGCUGCCUAAAAUCCAAGCAUAUCCUGUUCAUUUAAUAGAAAGAUGUAAAAUGGAAAUAUCAAUAGAGUGAUUGCUUUUUUCAAGCUGAACAUCUGCGUGUGUGUUGAUUUUAUGUGGCACAGUGCUGUACUUGUAACUAGAGAUGACUCUACUUCAUGUUUUGGUACGAUUAUAACUAAUUCUUCAUAGCAGAUAGUUCUACCAGGACACUGCUACUUUGCCAUGUAUUUAUAUUUCAUCAGUUGAAAUUAAAACCUUAAAAUGAGGUAUGGAUUCUGA